AGAAAAUAAUAUUCAUCUUGUGCUUUGUGGGCUUAAUUAUUCUUGAUUCUUUUAGUUUUUGUAUAAAUAUUUAACCUAAACCAAACUUUCGAGGUUAUGGAUUCCAACAACAAAACACGACAACUAGAGGAAGUUGAAGCUCUCAGUUCAAUAUACGGCGAAGACUGGGUGACUGAAAGUGAGGCAUGUUACAGUAUAAAAGUGAAAGACAUCAAGCGAGAGAUCUUGUUGAGUGUUACCAUGACCCCGGACUACCCGAGUCAGUCGCCGCCCCAGUACGAGCUGUCGGCGCCCUGGAUGGACAGGAAGGCUAAGCAAAUACUGCAUCAGACUCUAGAUGCAGUGUAUUUAGACAAUAUCGGUGAAACAGUGAUAUACCAAUGGGUGGAGGCGAUCCGGGAGUGUCUGGUGAACAUGAAGACGCCCUCCCCGGAGCCUGAGACCGAGCUUGAGCUGCCUGAAUCUAUUGAUAGGUUAAAGUUAAGCAUCGAAUGCCCGGCCAUCACUCAUGGGGCCGUGCUGACUGAUAGGAAAAGCAACUUCCAGGGUCACGCCGCUGAGGUCCACAGCAUAGAAGAAGUCAACGCCGUCCUAGAAAAAUUAAAGGAAAACAAAAAAAUUAUGAACGCAACGCACAACAUGUACGCUUACCGUAUAGAGAGGACGAAAAACGGUCACACCACAUUCCUACAAGAUUGCGACGACGACGGCGAGGCCCACGCGGGUGGUCGCAUGUUGCAUCUACUGCAGAUACUGGAUCAAAAGAACACGCUCGUAGUUGUGUCACGAUGGUAUGGCGGUAUCCAACUAGGCCCAGAUCGUUUUCGUCACAUCAACAACGCAACAAGGCAAGUUAUCGAGCAAGCUGGACUACUGAAGAAGAAGUGACAAACCGAGAAAGACUUAUGACACUCUUGCACUCAUCAUAAGAUGUGAUUGUAGUACUGAGACGGCACAUGAAGGUAAAUGGCAUCUUCAGUCGUUGUAGUAGGUGAUGUUUUGCAAUAUUUACAUUAUUUGGUGUGAGAGAGAUAUUAUUACGUAAUCUUCACACUAAACCCAAAAGAAAAACAAUUAUAUUCUCGGUCAAAACUAGUUUUAGAGGUCUAUCAUUAGAUAGGUCAACCAACACCAAGAAAAUAGUAAAGGGCAAUACUAUCGAAAAUUGACUACAAAGAUGGAUACUAUCUUCUUUUCACGAAAUUUUGAUAGUGUAUCGAUAGUAGGCUCUAGCGACAACACUAGUUGGGACUUUUCAUUCUAUAAAAUGUCAUUAUUUAGACUGUCAUUUGUCAAACUGACAAUUAUUUUUUAAUUGAUCCCAGAAUAAGGUCUGAUUGGUUACCAAGUGUAUAAUUUUGACGUUAGGUUUAUUAAUAUAUCUAUUAGUAGAUAGAUUUGAGGGCCUAGUGUGAGUUUUUAUCAAUCGCGCUCACUGGUGAGCGCGUCAAAAAAUGACAUUAAAUGUAUGACUAGUGAUGGUCAACUCGAGUACCUAACUCGAGUUAACUCGAGUUGGGCGUAACUCGAGCCCACUCGAGUUGAAUUCUCUCUGACUCGAGUUCGUAAACUGUAUAGAACCGACAGAAACUGCCGGUUAUUGUUGUAGAUUUUUGUGUUUUAUGUUCUGUUUUUGAAAAAUGCCGGGUCCUAAAAGAAAAUCUUUAGUUUGGGACGUAUUCGAAUCGCCGGAGAGUGGACGCGUUGCGUGUAAACAGUGUUCAGAUUCAUUCAAAUAUAGUGGAAAUACGACCACAUUAUUAAACCACAUUAAAAAAAGCAUCCUAAUGUUGCCAUCGAGGAAAGUCAGAGUUCAUUAUCAACAAUGAAAGUACCUAAUAUGAGUACUUCGACUGAUUCAUCGCAGUUACUUGUAUUGACAACCACAUUGGAUGUUGAGCCUCCUCAAAAAAGGUUAAGGCACACUCAAACCCGUCACUGUGCCAAAAAAAAUAACGCCAAAUUUCUGGUAUUAACGCUUUAAUUAAUUUGAUAGUAAAAGAUUUGUAGCCAUUCAGAUAGUGGAAAAUUCAGGUCUAAUUUUUUUAACUAAGUAUUAAUGCGAAGCUAAGGGAUUAAACUGGUAAAAAUAAAUAAAAAACAUUCACUUGUCCACCCACUUAACUCGAGUUACGUAACUCGAGUUCAACCCGAGUUAUGUGGAUUUUAACUCGGGUUAAAUCGAGUUUUAUUUUUUACGAGUUGGCCCAUCAUUAUGUAUG